AUGAAGGGAAUUGGUUCAUUUUGCAUAAUAAUUUUAGCAAUUUUGCAUGCAUAUAAUGCAGAAGCAAGAGUUGAAUUAACAUUUGAGAGCUUUGCGUCAGCUUAUUCACCUGAAGAAACAGCUUAUUCACCGGAAGCAGCAGCUUAUAGCCCAGUCUCAGAUGUGGAAUCUCCGGGACCAUCUGUGUCACCUUAUAAUGGAGUUUUUGAUGUCACUCAACAUGGAGCCGUAGCAGAUGGAAAGACAGAAAAUAGCAAAGCAUUUUUAGCAACAUGGGAAGCUGCUUGUGGCAAUGCUGAAAACUCCACAUUUUACAUACCAAAAGGCACAUUUCUCCUAGGUCCAAUUUUAUUUCUAGGCCCUUGCUACAAUGAUCAGUCUCCUAAGUUCAAAAUUGAAGGCACUCUGCUAGCUCCAUCUGCUGUAAAGGCCUUCCCGGAUUCCGACUGGGUAGAGUUCAAGAACUUGAACGGACUCGUAAUUACCGGAGGAACCGGUGUCACAAAUUUUGAUGGCCAAGGUGGAGUAGAAGCUUGGAGGCAACCUAGCUGUGAGAAUUCUAAAGCAUGCAAAUUAUUGGUUACAUCGCUGAAGCUGAAUAAUGUGUCUUAUGGCACAAUCAAUGGCAUUUCCAUGCCCUCUCUAGUAAAGCUGAGCAACAUCCUAUUCAUGAACAUGAUUGGAAGUUACAAAACAGAUUAUGCAGUGACAUUGCUGUGCAGUUCAAGUGUUCCUUGUGACAAUAUAAAGAUUAUUGGUGUAAAUCUGAAUAACUCUGAAUCCAACGGUUCUGUAUCUACACAAAGUCGCAUGGAUCUUAAAGGGGUUAUUAAAGGUUUAGUAGUUACAAAUUCUACCUUCUGAUUUUGGAUUAGGAAUAUUUUUAUGUAAAAUAAAAUA